AUGAAGCAAUCAAGAAAGCCUGCUAAAGUAGCUUAUCAAGGAUUGAAGGAGUUGGUUAUAUUUGGAAAGUUUGUUGAAGUUGAAGACACUCCUGCUAGUAGUUCCAUAAAUGCUGAGGUUGCCGAGGAACACGUGGUGCACAAACCAAAAUUUCAAUUUGCCUUUGAAGAGGUUGAAGUAUCUAAUGAUGAAGAAGAUCAAGAGGAUCAAGGAAAUGAACUGUCAGAAAAUGACUUUGAAAAUUUUAUUCAACAAAGUAUUUUAAUCCCACAAGAGGAUGUUGUUGUCACACCUCCGAUCGUGACUGAGAGGGAAAGUGAUACAUUGGUGCAAUCUUCCUCACCUACCCCUGAACAGAUGGAUGCUCUUAUUGUAGAACUUCACAGAACAGCAAGGAAGCCUCCCCAAACAGUUCCUGUUGAUAUUGAACCUCCAUCUGGAAGUGAUCCAGAAGACUCAGCCAACGCUUUACUUCCAAGGAAGCGAAAGAGAAGAGAUCUAAGGCCGGGAGUGCUUAUCACAUACCCAGUUCAAAAUAAAUCUACAUCGACUGUGCCCGGUUCGAUAACUCAAAACAUUCAAAGCCCAUUCAGUGAGAUCUCUCCAGUGACUCAAGAAAUGUCAAGCCCGUUCACUGAAUCCAUUCCUAUGGAUCAUGUUUUUGAAAGCCCAGUUGUUGAAGAAGAUGUCAUACCUUUAGAAGGUGCUCAAGCUUCAAGAAGCUCAUUUGAAACACCUGAGCUGGACAUCUCCAAAGGCAAAAGCAAGUUGCCUAACUCUGAACUGGUUGAUGUGGUUCUGCUUCAAAACAGAGUGUUUGAUCUAGAACAAAGCUCUGCGGAAAAAGAUUUGAUAAUUGGAAAGCAGGACAUUCAUAUCAGUGAGCUUGAGAAAGAGAACUCCGACAAAGCUUCAAAGAUCUCAAAACUUCAAAAAAUAUUGGUGGUCUAA